AUGGGCAACGUGUGUUCCGCGUGUGAGGACGGGAAAAAGCGUUCCGCUGAUGGCUUCAGCAGCGAGCCCGAGCAGAUUCCCCAGCAAGUUCUGGACGCGCUGAAACAGUUGAAAGACGAGGAUGGGAAGAACAAACUGCAGGAAAUAUCAUUUGUAAAAACGUCCCCACACCAGAGUCAAGAUGGGAAAUCUGCUAGACAAAUCAGCCAGCUUUGGUCAUUUGGCAUGACAAAUUUCUCCUCAGAGUGUAAUCCUGUUUAGGUAGUUCAGCAGCAUCACAGAUCUAGCAUAUCAUGCAGAUUAUCGCAUCGCAAAUUCCAGAAGACGACGAGACAAUGCCUCUCAUGGCGCUCCUCAUGACAACCUUUUUUGGCAUGCAGAUUUGCAUCACAACUCUGGUGUGGGGACGUUUUUACUCAGGAUAGGAAAUCAUCAACGCGUCCAGAAAAAACGUCUUCGCCAACAAACCAGCAGAAAAGGACCCGUCGGCCGCCGAGCAGUCCUUCACGAACGGCAGCUACUACCAGGGCCAGAUGAUCGACAAGAAGAAGUGGGGUCAGGGCAAGUACAUCAGCAAGGAGGGCCGAGUGUACGAGGGCCAGUGGCUGAGUGACAAGUGCGACGGCAAGGGGUCGUUGAAGGAUCUCGAGUCCUUCUACUACGGGUUUUGGCAGGGCGGGUCAAAGCAGGGGGACGGGUUCGAAGUCUGGCACGCGGACGGGACGGUUUACAUCGGGGACCACAAAUCGUCCAUGAAAAACGGGUUUGGGGUGUACAUAUCCGGUGCAAAAGUGUCGUGCUCGUAGUAAUCGCAAUUAUGCAUUACAAAUCUCCAUCCCAAGGGAUGAAAAUAGCAUGACAAAUUCCAUUUGUCGUGCUGAGCGAAUUUGUAUUGCAAUCACAACUAGUACGAUAACGAUGCUUUUGCAAUGCAUAGUACAUCUGGAAGGAUGGGACCCGCUACGUCGGGCAGUUCGCAAACGACGUGAUUGAGGGCGAGGGGGUUUUUUACGACACGGACGGAGUGUACAAGGGGGCGUUUGUGGACAGUUUGCAGCAGGGAAGCGGGACCUACUCCUACAAUGAUGGGGCGGUAGAAUUUAGUGGCUUUUAUUCUUGUUUCAUUAGUCAUCAAAAAUUUAUUAUGCAUACAGUAACAGUACAGUCUGCACAGUAUUGAAGGAGAUUGCAGCCUCUCAUGCGUAAAAUGCAACAGAGAACUCAAUUUUCAUGCGUAAUUUCAUCUCAUUUUCCAAACAGGUCUACACGGGUGACUUUCACGAAGGCGAGCGACACGGUCAGGGCAAGAUCACCUGGCCAGACGGCUCCAGCUACGAGGGCGGUUGGAAAGAGGGGCACAUGCACGGGGACGGCACCGUGGUGGUCCGUGGGAAAAACAAGCAGAAGGUUACCUACGAAAACGGCUCGCAGUUAUCCGCCGUUCCGUUCAACCACAGUUUGUGAGGGGGAGUCGGGAUGAAAGGAGGAAGCAUUUCCAUUUCGUUUCCGGUCGAAGAAAAUUUUAUCUCUUGAGUUUUAAGCACCUUAACACAACGCAACAAUUAAUCCACGGCUCUUUUGAUCCAAUGUUACAACAGUUACAUUUAGCAAUUUGUUUCCCUAUCAUGGAGAAGUGGACGAGUUAGAAGAUAGCAGCCAGCACUCCACUCCGCAUUUGUACAUGCAAAAAAAAAAGCCGAAGGGAUGUGGCUUCGCUUUCUUCUACUCAUUCCAGUAGUUUACAAUUCAUUUUCCCCAUAACCCAUCGUUGUCGUUCUACCCUUGAUAUGAUCUCCAAGAAGAAAGUUUACCUCGCGUGGUUUCUUUUUGUUUUUGAAAUUGACCUAUAGAUAAACAUGUACGAGAGAACAAGAACCAUUCUUACGCAUGAUCCCUGUUGUAUACACUAGUUUGUGUGGAAAUCAAUAUUCGCCAUCACACCGUUUCAAAAAACAAAGUCCACCAAAUUGUACAUCAUUUCUUGCGGACACAGAAUGCGAGUUGUUGUACACCAUUAAU